AUGGACGAGCCGCAAUUCGUGGACACUGACUUGUCCUCGCCUCCCGUUCGCUCGUCGUCGCCUUCCCCCUCGGUUCCUGCCACGCCGGCUAUCUCUUCCUAUUCCUCGCCAGACCGGACCUUCUCCUCCGUCUCUUCCCACUCCGCGUCCUCCGCGACCUCGGCUGACGCACGGUCGUCGGUCUCGACUUCGUCCCGCCGCCAUGGGUACAUCCGCGCUUUUGGCGCCGAAUUCGCCGACUCGGCUCGCCAUCGCGAUAGUGUCAUGAGUCUGGGCAGCAUCGCCCAUUUACAAUAUUACUUUGCGAGGACGGGUUUGCUGGAUGGGAAGUCCGGGCGGGGCAAGGAGUUUAAGAAAAAGAACAAGGACAAUGUGCCCCGGGUGCUGAUUACACCCAAUGAACGGCAUAAUGAUGACCUCGUCGACAGUCCGACUGACAUGGCUGAGUCGGCCGGGGCUGAAAAUGUCGAUGAUGAGGAGGGGGAAGUGAUGCUGCCCCCUACGGUUAGCACCUACAGUAUCAAGACACACCACAUUCCACCCCCGCCAGAUCUGAUCUCUCUCCGACGGGAUCUGCAGGUUGCAUUGGACAAAGCGGAAGCCAAUCUCGAGGCAAUUGAGAACGGCGCAGAGCCUCCACCCCGAGAACCCAUACGGACCAGUCUUUCUCCCGGUGAUGUCCCGGAAACCACGGAAGAUUAUGCAUCGCGAGAAGCACCGACUCCCCAAACCAAGGAGGAAGCACAGGGAAUGUGCAUUCUAGACGAUGUGACCAUGGCUAUUCGAGCCGCGAAGAUAUAUUACACCACCCAUGAACAACCAGACCGCUUGGCAUCUAUCAAGAGCGAGCGUGAAAUCCGCAAGGAUCUCUUCCAUGUUCUCGAUGUUCUGAAGCGCUGGGCUGCAAGACACUUUGCUGCCGGACUGCGGGAUGAGGAGCGCGAUGUGGUUAAGGGGUGGAUUUCCGGCGUCCGCACCAUGCUCGUUCGCGAGAAGGCAUUGGAGGACCUGGAGGCUCAAGAGCGGGAGAACUGGGAUUGGGCCCAGGGAGACUGGACUGGACGAGAGCGAUCACGCGAGGAAUCCUUUCUUCGGAGCUUGAUGCCCGGUGGCCAUACUUUGCCAGACUGGACAUCGGUCGAAGAUACCCCCAGCGACUCCCUUCCCACAGCGUUUCUCGAACGCUUCAGGGAUGGCCGUGUUCUCGUCCAGUUGCACAACAUUGCCGUGAAAAAGUCCAAACGCCCCUUCGGCGAGAUCAAGUCAUUCCACCAGGACGUCGCGAAACCAUAUCGACAGGCAGAGAACCUGCGGUUCUGGAUCAAAGCCGCAGAGUUGCGCUGGGAGCUCCGACUCAAGGUCGACGUGAUGGAGGUGGUGCAGGGCAGUAGCGAAGUGGCCUGGAAGCAGUUCGACACGGCCUUGCUGUCCUGGUGCAAGACGGUACGCGAGGAGCUGGUGCGGGACUGGCAGGCGGCCAAUCCCGGUCGACCGCCGAGUGCCGGUCUAAUUUGA